GCGAGUUGAGUUGGGGUUUUCAGUCUACAACACACGCGAUUCGCACUUGUGCGCGGCGUUUGGUCGUGGGCAGAUUAAUUUUAGAGGAUUUCUCUCUUCUCCCCCCCCUCGACUCGACUCGACUCUUCCCUUCGCCGUGGGUCGAGUUGUGAAAAUCUCGUGAUCGUCGUCGAUUUCGCUAGUGGUGCUGCUGCCGUGGGUUUAAAAACUGUGCUGUGGUCGGUGUGACACCGGAAAAUGAGCGGAAUGUUACGUCUACCGUCGCUGCUGGCCAAGAGCGCCCUGUCCGCGACUCGUGGCCUGGCGGCGCCUUCCGCCCAGCGGGGAGUGCAUUUCACCGUGGGCCAGAACAACGCCAAGUCGAACGCGGACGCCAUCUCGAAGGAGUACCCGGUGGUGGACCACACGUACGAUGCCGUCGUGGUCGGUGCCGGUGGAGCGGGUCUCCGGGCUGCGUUCGGUCUGGUGGCCGAGGGCUUCAAGACGGCCGUCAUCACGAAGCUGUUCCCGACGCGUUCGCACACCGUUGCGGCCCAGGGCGGAAUCAACGCCGCGCUCGGCAACAUGGAGGAGGACGACUGGAAGUGGCACAUGUACGACACAGUGAAGGGAUCCGAUUGGCUUGGGGAUCAGGAUGCGAUUCACUACAUGACGAGGGAGGCACCGAAGGCCGUCAUUGAGUUGGAGAACUAUGGAAUGCCCUUCUCGCGUACUCCGGACGGCAAGAUCUACCAGCGUGCAUUUGGUGGUCAGAGUUUAAAGUUUGGCAAGGGUGGUCAGGCGCAUCGAUGCUGUUGCGUUGCGGAUCGUACCGGCCAUUCGCUGCUGCACACGCUGUACGGCCAGUCGCUGAGCUACGAUUGCAACUACUUUAUCGAGUACUUUGCGAUGGAUCUGCUGAUGGAGAAUGGCCAGUGCGUGGGCGUGAUUGCGCUGAACCUGGAGGACGGUAGCAUUCAUCGCUUCCGGUCGAAGAACACCGUACUGGCUACGGGAGGUUACGGUCGUGCGUACUUCUCGUGCACAUCGGCGCACACCUGUACCGGAGACGGAACUGCGAUGGUUGCCCGUGCUGGACUGCCCUCGGAGGACUUGGAGUUUGUGCAGUUCCACCCGACGGGAAUUUACGGUGCCGGUUGUCUGAUCACCGAGGGAUGCCGAGGAGAGGGCGGUUACCUGAUCAACUCUCAGGGUGAACGCUUCAUGGAGCGAUAUGCACCGGUGGCGAAGGAUUUGGCCUCCCGUGAUGUCGUGUCCCGUUCGAUGACCAUCGAAAUUCGCGAGGGUCGUGGUUGUGGCCCUGAGAAGGAUCACGUUUACCUGCAGCUGCACCAUCUGCCCCCAGAGCAGCUGGCCCAGCGUCUGCCCGGAAUUUCCGAAACCGCUAUGAUCUUUGCCGGCGUUGAUGUGACCCGCGAACCUAUUCCAGUACUGCCAACUGUCCAUUAUAACAUGGGCGGCGUUCCAACUAACUACAAGGGCCAGGUGCUGACCGUCGACGCUAGCGGUAACGACCAUGUCGUGCCCGGACUGUACGCCUGCGGAGAAUCCGCCUGCUCGUCGGUUCACGGUGCUAACCGCCUCGGAGCCAACUCGCUGCUGGAUUUGGUCGUGUUUGGCCGUGCCUGCGCCAAGACCAUCGCUGCUGAACAUCGCCCGGGUGAGAAAAUCGCCGACAUCAAGUCGAACGCCGGCGAAGAGUCCGUCGCGAACCUGGACUGGGUGCGCAAUGCAAACGGUGCCAUUCCUACAUCAGAGCUGCGACUCAACAUGCAAAAGACCAUGCAGACGCAUGCCGCCGUGUUCCGCGAGGAGAAGACCCUGCAAGAGGGCGUCCGCAAAAUGGGCGAAAUCUACAAGACGAUCAAGGACGUCAAGGUGUCCGAUCGGUCGCUGGUGUGGAACUCGGACCUGGUCGAAACGCUGGAACUGCAGAACCUGCUGCUGAACGCCAACAUGACCAUCACCGCCGCCGAAAAUCGAAAGGAGUCACGUGGUGCCCAUGCUCGCGAGGACUACAAGACCCGCGUCGACGAAUACGACUACAGCAAGCCCCUGGAGGGCCAGCAGAAGAAGCCCGUCGAGGAGCACUGGCGCAAGCACACCCUCACCUGGAUCGACCCGGCCACCGGCGCCGUCAAGAUCGACUACCGCCCGGUCAUCGACCAAACCCUCAGCGAGGAGUGCAACACGGUUCCGCCGGCGAUCCGCUCGUACUAAACGGCGCUUCUCUUCAUCCGUUUGCUUCAUUACAACACAAGCCCAAGCUGCAUCACAACGGGUGUGAUUGUGACUGGUUCCGCACAGCGAGAGAGAGAGAGAGAGAGAGGGAGAACGUGGAAACCGGCAAAGUGAUAGAGUAUUACUUCUAAACUGUCCAACCAACCAAUCACAAUGAUCGGCGCGCGUAUCAAAAGCCUCGAACAGCAGCGUACUCUUCAUUGCAAACAUCAGCCUCAACAUCGCUUCGUAGUACCCAGGGAUAACAGUAGUUACGAACAAGCUACACCAACACCAGCUGUUUUUCAAAAAACGAACGAAUUCGAAAUUGUGCUUAAUUUAAAGUAGAAUGGAACAUGAGAGGAAAAAGUGAACGUUGCGUGUGUUUUGAUGGAAAUUAUUUAUUGUAACACUAGACAGACGGUCGUACUUGUACGAACCAGUAGUGAGAAAGAAAUGAAAAAAAAACUUCAAACUAAUAGUAGCUUAGUUUUGAUUUUUGGAUUUGACUGAAUCCGGUACUUAUUCUGGUUUGGAUUAAAAGUUGAUGCUGAAGUGUUUCCGCGAAGUUAUUCCUGGCUACGUACGCACCUUUUGACUUUUUUUCUGUUCCUUGAAAGAUCUUUCCGUUUAAAAUUAGGUUGGAAGGCAACAACAACUACUACAACAAAUAAACACUAACGUACACAAAUAAAACGUUAUUUAUUGUAA